AUGGGUGUCCCAGAGAUCGAGAAUCAGGCAGACGCCAUCACCACGGUCAAGCCCGUGGUCGCUGUCGGUGAUGGCCACACGGCCAAAGCCGAGGGCUCCAAGGCCAAGGUCGUGCACAACGCCGAGUUCUUCGCCGCCGUGCAAGAGGCCAACAUCCCCCGUUGGAGCAAGGAGUCCAUCAAGCUCUACUUUGCCAUCUUUGUCGCAUUCUGCUGUGCUUGUGCCAAUGGCUACGAUGGCUCGCUCAUGACCUCGAUUCUCGACAUGGACCACUUUCAGAACGUCUUUGACGCUGGCAAGACAGGUGUCAAGGUCUCGCUCAUCUUCUCCAUGUACACCGUCGGUAGCAUCGUUGGUGCUCCGUUCGCUGCUGUUCUCACCGACAAGUAUGGCAGGAGGAAGGGAAUGUUCUGCGGCGGAGUUGUUAUCAUUCUUGGCAUGAUCAUCAUUUCCACUUCUCGCACCGUUGCUCAGUUUGUCAUUGGCCGAUUUGUUCUGGGAUUUGGCAUUGCCAUCAUGACCAUCGCCGCACCCGCCUAUGCCGUCGAGAUCGCCCCGCCACACUGGCGAGGACGUGCGACGGGAUUGUAUAACUGUGGCUGGUUUGGCGGAAGUAUUCCCGCCGCGGCCGUAACCUUUGGCACCAACACCAUUGAUGGGGACUUGUCGUGGCAGUUGCCCUUGAUCUUGCAAGCGUUUGCCUGCUUGAUUGUCAUGGUUGGAGUGUUCUUCAUCCCCGAGUCCCCAAGAUGGCUCAUGACCCAAGGCCGGGAGAGUGAAGCGGUUGAAUUCCUGGUCAAGUACCACGGCAACAACAACCGCGAGUCCCGCAUUGUGCUGCUCGAAAUUGAGGAGAUGAGAGAAGGCAUCAGGCAGGACGGUAUUGACAAGGUCUGGUGGGACUACCGUCCUCUGUUCUUCACGCACUCUGGCCGCUGGCGUAUGGCCCAAGUCCUCAUGAUCAGCAUUUUCGGUCAGUUCUCGGGCAACGGCCUGGGAUACUUCAACACCGUCAUCUUCCAGAACAUUGGCGUCAACACAGUAUCGCAGCGUCUGGGCUACAACCUGCUCAACUCGGUCCUUUCGGCCAUUGGCGCCCUGACAGCCGUGUGCUUCACUGACCGCAUGCCCAGGAGAACCGUCCUGAUCUACGGAACUAUGGCCUGCUCCUUUGCCCUGGCCAUCAACUCGGGUCUUUCCGCCGCUCUCGACAACCAGGGAGAAAACAUCAUUCUAUCCUACGCCCAGGGUGCUCUCGCCUCAUACUUUAUGUUCAACAUCAUCUUCAGCUUUACCUACACGCCUCUCCAGGGCGCUAUUCCCACGGAAGCGCUCGAGACGACCAUCCGCGCCAAGGGUUUGGCCAUGUCCGGUAUCAUCGUGUCAACUAUCGGUUUUAUCAACCAAUUUUGCACGCCGAUUGCGCUCGGCAACAUCGGAUACAGAUACAUCUUCAUCUUUGUCGGAUGGGAUCUUUUUGAGGCCCUCAUGUGGUAUCUGUUUGGAGUCGAAUCCCAAGGCCGCACUCUGGAGCAGCUCGAAUGGGUUUACAACCAGCCCAACCCAGUCAAGGCAUCACUCAAGGUGGACAAGGUCGUGGUGCAGUCAGAUGGCAAGGUCACCGAGAAGAUCGCGGACACGGACAGCGCUUGA